AUGGCUUUUUCAUCAUGCCUUCUCAACCUGGUUUUCAAAUUUCUUCAUCAUUUUGCAUGGCCUCUUGUUGCUCUGAUGUAUCCUAUGUGGGCCUCAGUACAAGCAAUCGAGACUGAUUCCAAUGCAGCAACUAAGGAUUUGAUCUCAUAUUGGAUACUUCUUUCAUUGAUAUAUCUCUUUGAGUAUGCUUUUAUGAGCCUUCUUCUAUGGUUGCGGGUCUGGCUGUACAUUAAGCUGAUGAUCAUCUUCUUGCUCACCAUACCGGACUUUGGACGGGCUACUUAUGUUUAUGAUAACUUUAUUCGCCCCGUGAAAUUGCAAAUAGUUGCAUGGAGGAAGUGUUUUGUUGAGAAAGAUGACUUUUUGAUGCAUGCAGAGAGAUAUGUGAAGGAGAAUGGAACUGAAGCCUUAGAGAAACUCAUUGCUAGCAAGAAUACAAUGUGUAGACCUGAUGCAAAAGUGACAAAUGAAAUCAUAGCUACCGAUAAUAAAAAUGCGCUAAAGACAAAUGGAGAAAGACUCCAAAUUGUGCACCGAGACAUUAAAGAUUUGGAGGCUACUGAGAAAAAGGAAAUUCAUUCUACCAAGCAAGAUAUUCCUGUCAUGCCUAAAGUUGGGCCUAGUCAAAGUGCAUCAUCAGCCACAGUGGAAACUAAAGGAACAGCAGAGAGUGACAGAACUGGUGGAGAGGUUUCUCAGAGUUCUUCUACACCGAAGAAAAUGCAGAAAGAGUGGACUUGUGCAUUAUGUUUGGUAACAACCACGAGCGAGAUAACCUUGAACUCCCACCUCAGUGGAAGGAGACACCGUGACGCUGCUGCAGCUUUAAUAGCAAAGAAGCAACCUACUAUUCAGAAACAAAAGGAAGCAGAAGUGACAAAUGAAACCAUAUCUAAUGAUAAUAUAGAUAUGCUGAAGACAAAUGGAAAUCAAAGACUUGAAAUAGACAACAAAAACAUCAAAGAUUUGGAGACUAUUGAUAAAAAGGAAAUUCCUGCAACCAAGCAAAGAACCUAUGCUAUGUGGCAAGUCAAAAGACAUCAUCUGACAUAG